AUGUCUGCUAAUGAAGAGACUCCCCAACUUAAAGCUGGACACCCCCCUGCAGUGAAAGCUGGUGGGAUGAGAAUUACCCAAAACAAAACCACUCACUCAAAGGACACCAGCAAAGAGCCUGCAAAUGAAGACCUAACAGGUCUGUCUGGACCAUCCCCAGUGCCUUCCAAUCCUGUAUCCAUUGCUGGAGCGCCUAACAGAGGAAAUGCUGACUUUACUCCAGAGGCAGCUCAGGUCGCUCACAGCCCUAAACCUCCAACGCAUAUCACUAUGGCACCUAAACCUCACAUCCAUCAACCCAGGAAGUAG